UUGACGUUGUUGGGGAAGCGAGGCGGGCCUGGGAAGCUGAGUGGGAGUGGCGCGGAACUGCAGCGGUUCCUGAAAACCUGAGUGGCGGCAAGCCGGGUCUGCGAGCUAAUAUUUUUAAAAUGACCACACCAAACAAGACACCUCCUGGUGCUGACCCUAAGCAGUUGGAAAGGACUGGAACAGUACGGGAAAUUGGGUCACAAGCUGUUUGGUCACUCUCAUCUUGCAAACCAGGAUUUGGAGUGGAUCAGUUACGAGAUGACAAUCUAGAAACUUAUUGGCAGUCAGAUGGCUCCCAGCCUCAUUUAGUGAACAUCCAAUUCAGAAGAAAAACAACAGUGAAGACAUUAUGUAUUUAUGCGGACUACAAAUCUGAUGAAAGCUAUACUCCAAGCAAGAUCUCAGUCAGAGUAGGAAAUAAUUUUCACAAUCUUCAGGAAAUUCGGCAACUUGAAUUGGUGGAACCAAGUGGCUGGAUUCACGUUCCUUUAACUGAUAAUCAUAAGAAGCCAACUCGCACAUUCAUGAUACAGAUUGCUGUUCUAGCCAAUCAUCAGAAUGGAAGAGAUACCCACAUGAGACAAAUUAAAAUAUACACACCUGUGGAAGAGAGCUCCAUUGGUAAAUUUCCUAGAUGUACAACUAUUGAUUUCAUGAUGUAUCGCUCAAUAAGGUGACCUUGAAAUAGAACAAAAGUCAUUAAACAUAUCUUUAUCUUGUCAGUAAAUAUUAA